AUGUUGGCAUUCGUGAAAUGUUUCUCGUUGAAGCGAACAAAGCAUCCUCCAGGGUAUGAGGACCCUCAUGUUCUUGCAUCCGAAACUCCAUUUACGGUGAAUGAGAUAGAGGCUUUACACGAUUUAUUCAAGAAGCUAAGUACAUCCAUUAUCGACGAUGGUCUUAUCCAUAAGGAAGAGUUUCUUCUAGCUUUGUUUAGGAACAGCAGCAUGCAAAAUCUUUUUGCGGAUAGGGUGUUUUAUAUGUUUGAUAGGAAACGCAACGGUGUGAUUGAGUUUGGUGAAUUUGUUCGUUCACUUAGCAUCUUCCAUCCAUACACUCCCGAACAUGAAAAGUCAUCAUUUAUGUUCAAGCUUUACGACCUCCAUGGAACCGGCUUCAUCGAGCCUCAUGAGUUGAAGAAGAUGGUUGGUGCUCUACUUAGUGAAACAGACUUAGAACUAUCCGAAGAGUCCAUUGAAGCCAUCGUGGAACAGACGAUGUUAGAGGUUGAUACGAACAAAGAUGGAAAAAUCGACGAAGAUGAAUGGAAAGAGCUCGUCGCUAAGAAUCCUUCAAUCCUCAAGAACAUGACUUUACCAUACCUCAAGGAAGUGACUCUAGCAUUUCCAAGUUUCGUUCUUGACUCCGAAGUAGACGACUAG